UCCUACCAAGCCUGCCUCUGGUUGGGCCUGCUCUCCGUGGCCGCAGCCUUCAAGUGCGCAGAGGGCGCCCGCACCACCCCCAGCCCCGCCACCACAGACUCCCACAAUGCCACCUGCUCCGAGGGCACGUCCAGGUGCAAGCCAGGAAUCGUCCUGCCCAUCUGGUACCCUGAGGACCCCUCCAUGGGGGAUAAGAUGGCCCGAGUCAUCGUCUACUUCGUAGCUAUGAUCUACAUGUUCCUGGGAGUGUCCAUCAUAGCGGACCGCUUCAUGGCGGCCAUCGAGGUCAUCACCUCCCAGGAGAAGGAGAUUAUUAUCAAGAGAGCUAACGGAGAGACCGCCACCGCUACCAUCAGAGUCUGGAACGAGACGGUCUCCAACCUCACCCUCAUGGCCCUGGGUUCUAGUACCCCUGAGAUCCUGCUGUCUGUCAUCGAAGUCUGCGGACACGACUUCGUAGCUGGCGAGCUGGGGCCGUCUACGAUUGUCGGCAGCGCUGCCUUCAACAUGUUCGUGAUCAUCGGCCUGUGUGUGUCUGUGAUCCCCGAGGGAGAGACGAGGAAGGUGAAACAUCUCAGAGUGUUCUUUGUGACGGCGGCGUGGAGUAUCUUCGCCUACAUCUGGCUCUACAUGAUCCUGGCGGUGUUCAGUCCCAACGUGGUCCAGAUAUGGGAGGGGCUGCUAACCCUGGCCUUCUUCCCCAUCUGUGUCAUCCUGGCCUGGGUAGCCGACCGACGACUCCUCUUCUACAAGUUCAUGCACAAGAAGUACCGCGCCGACAACCACCGCGGCGUCAUCAUCGAGACCGAGCACGAGCGCUCCAAGGGCAUCGAGAUGAUGGACGGCGGCGGCAAGAUGGUCAACUCACACUUCGCCCACGACGGAGGCGUCGCCCAUAACCUCAUCAGCCUGAUCGAGGGGAAAGAAGUGGACGAGUCUCGGCGGGAUAUGAUCCGGAUCCUGAAGGACCUGAAGCAGAAACACCCAGAGAAGGAGAUGGACCAGCUGGUAGAGAUGGCUAACUACUACGCCUUGUCCCACCAGCAGAAGAGCCGAGCCUUCUACCGCAUCCAGGCCACGCGCAUGAUGACGGGCGCCGGGAACAUCCUGAAGAAGCACGUGGCGGAGCAGACCAAGAGGAGCGCCAGCGUACACGAGGUGUGUGUGGUGGGGGAGGACGUCGAGGAGUACGUGUCACGGAUCGCCUUCGAACCCGCCAUGUACCAGUGCCUGGAGAACUGCGGCGCCGCCCUGCUGGCCAUCUCCAGAAAGGGCGGCGACAUGGCCAAUACCAUUUACGUGGAUUACAAGACGGAGGACGGCUCGGCCAACGCCGGCGCCGACUACGAGUUCACGGAGGGCACGGUGGUGUUCAAGCCCGGUGAGAUCGUCAAGGAGAUCAGCAUCGGAAUCAUCGACGACGACAUCUUCGAGGAGGACGAGCACUUCUUCGUGCGUCUCAGCAACGUGCGCGUCCUGGAGUCAGACGAGGAUGAGACGCUACUGUCCCCCAACUCUCUCCCGUACCCUAAAGCCCUGCUGGGGUUCCCGUCCGUCGCCACAGUUACCAUCCUGGACGACGACCACGCCGGGAUAUUCACCUUCGAGAGCGACACGUGUCAGGUGAGCGAGAGCGUGGGCGUGAUGGAGGUGAAGGUGCUGAGGACUUCGGGGGCGAGGGGGACAGUCAUCGUGCCCUAUCGUACCAUGGAGGGGAUCGCCAAGGGAGGAGGGGAGGACUUUGAGGACACCUACGGAGAACUGGAGUUCAGGAACGACGAGACCUGUGAUUCCCUGAUAGUGGUGUUUCUCCACCAGUCAGAAUCCAGCCAGGCGGUGUUUCUCCACCAGUCAGAAGCCAGCCAGGGGGUGUUUCUCCACCAGUCAGAAUCCAGCCAGGGGGUGUUUCUCCACCAGUCAGAAUCCAGCCAGGGGGUGUUUCUCCACCAGUCAGAAUCCAGCCAGGGGGUGUUUCUCCACCAGUCAGAAUCCAGCCAGGCGGUGUUUCUCCACCAGUCAGAAUCCAGCCAGGGGGUGUUUCUCCACCAGUCAGAAUCCAGCCAGGGGGUGUUUCUCCACCAGUCAGAAUCCAGCCAGGGGGUGUUUCUCCACCAGUCAGAAUCCAGCCAGGCAGUGUUUCUCCACCAGUCAGAAUCCAGCCAGGGGGUGUUUCUCCACCAGUCAGAGGCCAGCCAGGGGGUGUUUCUCCACCAGUCAGAAUCCAACCAGGGGGUGUUUCUCCACCAGUCAGAAUCCAGCCAGGGGGUGUGUCCAGGCUUGGCAGAGUUUGUCCUCCGGAGU